CCAUAGUCCAUACGGUUUUCAAACACAUUAGUUACAAUAGCAGCAACAUAGUGAGCGAGGUCAGGGGAGAAGAUGUUUGGAUUUGAAAACAUGAAGAUUUCCAGCAGUGCUGCAACCAACCCGGUCAUCAAUCUCGAUCAAGGAGAUCCGACGGCAUUCCAAGAGUAUUGGAUGAGUACGAAGAUGAAGGAGAGGUGUGUUGUGGUGAUACCAGGAUGGGACCUGAUGAGCUACUUUAGCGAUAAGACGAACGUGUGUUGGUUCCUGCGGCAAGAUCUUGCUGAGGCGAUCAAGGCGUUGCACCGUGCGAUCGGCAACGCAGCGACUGAAGAACGCUACAUCGUGGUGGGUAAUGGCUCUACACAGCUUUGUCAAGCCGCUUUGUUCGCACUUUCUUCUCUCUCUGAGGACAAGCCUCUCAGCAUUGUCGCUGCGGUUCCUUACUACUCCACAUACGAGGAGGAGGCAUCGUAUGUUCAGUCGCAGCUGUACAAGUGGGAAGGAGACGCAAGAACGUUCAACAAACCCGGACCAUACAUCGAGAUGGUGACAUCACCGAACAAUCCUGAUGGGACCAUCAGAGAGCCGGUGGUGAACCGUGGUGGGAAAGUGAUAUACGACUUUGCGUAUUACUGGCCACACUACACUCCUAUCACUCACCGUCAAGACCACGACAUUAUGCUCUUCACCUUCUCUAAGAUCGCCGGUCACGCUGGGUCCCGCAUCGGGUGGGCCUUAGUGAAGGACAUAGAGGUGGCUAAAAAGAUGGUGCAAUACCUAACAAUCAACUCAAUUGGUGUGUCUAAGGAGUCGCAGAUUCGAGCCACCGCAAUCCUCAAUGAACUCACCAAAAGUUGUCGCAUCAAAUCGGAGAGUUUCUUCAAGUAUGGUAACGAGAAGGUGAAGUCACGGUGGGAGAGUCUACGCUGGGUCGUAGAUAAGACCGGUGACAAAUUCACUCUACCUGAUUACCCUCUAGCCUUUUGCAACUUCUUUGGCAAAAGCAGCUCCACUUAUCCUGCGUUUGCAUGGCUGGGGUGUAACAAAGAUAAGGAUCUCAAAAUUCUCUUGAAGGAAAAAUAUGUUUUAAAAAGAGGAGGAGAGAGAUGUGGCAGUGAUAAGAAGUACGUACGCGUCGACAUGCUUGGACCCAACAAAGACUUUCAAGACUUUCUCAACAGGCUUCUCACCAUCAAGUAUCCUAGAUGCUUUCUUUGAGCCUUAGAUUAUUGUUUUUUUUCUUUCCAUAUGACAUUUCCAAUCAUGGUUGUUCUUUUCGAAAUGUUGAGCACAAUGGUAUUCUGAUGUUUUCCUUUCUUCUGAAUUUAUCUUAUAAUAAUAAUUUAAAAGAUUUACUAUCAUUGAGUGUUAAAAAAAAAUGUCACUAUCUUUCUAUUUGGAAAAGUAUUUUGAACUAAUUGGAUAAAAAUACUUAACCAAAAUAGAAAGUGUAUUAUUAAUUAAAUGAGUUCAUAAUGAGGGGAAUAUAGAACCCUAAGAGCACCAUUAACCCUAGCACCCCUAAUGGGGUUCUUAAUCACUUUUUUAGUAAUAAAUGGGUGUUAAGCACUUCAUUUAAGAAACUUCUAAAUUGUUGUCCUCCAAUGCAAGUAUCUUAUUUAUGGAUUCUUAAAAAAAAAUAAACAUUGAAACACAAAACAUUUCAAGCACACUCUACAAGAAUACAAGUAAAUAAAGAGUAGAAGUAUUUCAAGACACAAAACAUUAAGAUAAGAAGUGGAUACCUUGUUGAUCCUGAGCUUGAACAAGACCAAUAAUAGCAAAAGCUCCUAGUACCAGCAACAAUAUGAAGCAUUGAUGCAGCUGUAGAGCGUUCAAAGGAGGUCAAUCAACUUCAUUGAGUUCCAAUGCCCCCACAUGCUCGUAGUGAUCUCCCCAAUACGUUAUCUGAUGCUCCCAACCUUGGCAAUUUCAGGUUUUUAGUAGGAUGCUCAGCAUCAGAUGCACCAUCUAACUGAUCAAAAUCAGAGAACUAGAAAUCAUGGAUCAAUAAGCCUAAGCCCCAUCAGAUACUUUCUUUUCUUCUAUCCACUGAGUUUCCUACAAAAUUGAGGCAAUUCAGCAAUGAGAUACCAGAAAUAAAUACCAAACUGAAUUACAAUGAAGGAGGAAAAUACACAAACAGUAUAAGAUUCAUGUGAUCAUUGCGAAGUAAAAAAGCUUGAGGAACAUUAACUAUUACUACACUUGUCAAAUUCAAGAAGAGAGAAAGAGGACAAACCAUAUGUGAUACGAAAUCCAGAAGCAAAAGUGCUUCACUGAUCUUCCUAUCCCGGAAAAGUCCCUUGACAAGACUACAGAAUGUUUGCAACCUCUUCAAGAAGCGUAAGAGCCAUCUCCAACCUCUCAGCUUUAAUAAGAUUAUCAAUCAGAAGCCUAUAUACAGAAACAAAUGGGGCAGCAUCAUCCUUCGCUGUUGAUUCAUGAUAACGAAUUGAAUCCACAAAGCUAUGGUUUAUGCAGUGACGAAAAAAGAAGAUCCGACGAGGAGAGAGGUAGGAGAAGUCCGAAGGCAGCAGAGACAGCCUGAAACGAGGUCCGAGCAGGUCGCGACACAACUCCGUCGGAGGUCUCCGGCUUCGAGACGUGUGAUCGAGAAAAGAGAGAGCGGCAUCGGACGAUUUCGUCAAGAGAGAGGAAGAACGGUGAUUGUUUGACACGUGUUACAUAAGCAGCGCUUCUUGUGAAGCUUAAUUAAGCAGCGCUUCUUAUUUAAUUACACAAUUUUCUUUUUCUUUUUAACCUAAAAAUACUAAGCAACCGGGUUAAGCGUCCGCGUUGUUGAUGCUCUAAGAGCUGCUCCAUCAUUGAGUAUAUAUGCCCUAACCUUGACUCAUCACAUGAUGAAUUCACCUUUUAUGGUAUAAAAUGAUAGUAGUGUGGCGCUGAAUUAGGUUGUACCACAUUACCACUCAAAACCGUCUGUAUCUAUACAUAAUAGCAAACCAACUUCGGUGACAUCAACAUUUUUUUAUAGGAAAAUAAAACUAAAAUUAUACGGUCGAGAUUGUUUCAGUUAUGUGAUCUAGUGGAUAAAAUUUAAGUUUCAUUUAGGGUCUGAUGUCAUCAAUAUGCAAACGGCAUUCCUUUCGCUUUCUUUCUUUGAAGAGACUGGGUUAAUGAUGGUCUGAUAGUCUGCAAUCACACUUUGGAAACUUCAAUCGCUUUCUUUUUACUGGCUGUAGCAUCCGUACAACAAACCACAUUGUAGCCUGGAGCUACUUUAAGUCCUUUGUUUUAAAUUUGCAGAUGUAGUCUCAUGGCAUUUUAAUUCAAAAGGUAUUAUACCAGGCUUAAAUAAAUGACGAACACGCUCUUGAACUAACUGUAUCAUAGCAAUUAUAUAAUUUUGUUUGCAGAAAAAAGUGAGGUGAAAUUAACACGCUCUUGAACUAACCGUAUCAUAGC